AUGCAUCAUCAUAAAGUCAUUCAUGCUGAAGAGCCCAAUCCUCCCACUGAUGAUGAUCGUAAUCAUGGAGAAGAAAGCACUGUCGAUGUUGAAGAUCCAGAGAUGACGAUGGAUGAGGAGGAACCGACCGACAAAAGUGUUACAGAUGAUAUUCGUACCUUUGAAGCUGUUUUCAGAUUCUCUAAGAACAUACGGAGACACCUACUUGGUUUGAAGAUCAUGAAACUUCUUGUAGCCGGAGAAUCUUGGUACGACGCCGUCAUUGACCCAGAUGUACGUGAUAUGCUCUCAAAGUCGCCUAAGAAAAUCCAAGAGCCACGAACCAUUGUACCGCCAGCAGACCGGCGGGAACACAGCGGGGCUGAAAAAGUAUGGACAGCAUUGUUAAGCGGAACUAGAAACGGUGCGACGGAGUUGGUGAGGGAACUCCUGAGACGAAAGCCUUUUGCGAUAUAUGAUGAAACCAGUGAGAACAAGAACAUAGUGCUGGUGGCAAUAGAGGCGAGGCAAUCAGAAAUAUUGAAGGAAGUGAUGAAGCACUCGAGUUGGACAGAUAUGCGCCUCAGGCAUGGAAAGGAUGUCAAGGGAAAUACUGCGUUACACUUGUCCGCAAAGCGUUCUGUUAAUCCCAGUAUCUCUGUGUCUGUCGUUCACUUGCAGUGGGAAGUGCACUGGUUUGAGUAUGUGCAGGGACUUAUGCCCGCUUACUUCAUGAAUGAACCAAACAAGGAGGGCAAGACUCCAAGCAUGAUCUUUGAGGAGGAACACGGUGGGAUGUUGGAGGAAAGUGACAGGUGGGUGAAUGAUAUGUGUGGGAAUUACAUGGUUGCCACCACGCUUAUUUCCAGUGUUACGUUUGCGACUUGCUUCCAAAUCCCAGGGGGUUAUGACAGCCAAAAGGGCACACCAAUUGUAGGAUCUACCAACACUGCAUUUCAAUUGUUUGCUAUAACCGCACUUGUUUCCUUUUGCUUCUCCAUCACUUCUUUGGCUGCCUUCCUUGCCAUUUACUCUUCACGAAGUGAUCGGUACAAGGAUUAUCGUCGAGCUUUGCCCUUGAAGCUUCUUGUUGCCUUUUUCUCCUUGUUUGUCUCCAUUGUCUCUAUGUUGAUUUCUUUUUGUGCUGCGCACGUCUUUGAACUUUAUCCCAACCAUAAGUCUAAGUGUUUCCCUUUGUACCUUUCUCUCACUUCCAUACCUCUUUGCUUUUACUCCGCAACACAAAUCCCACUUUACUGGCAACUUCUCAGAGCUAGCUUUGCAACUGUGCCAUCCUCUAGGCCAUUCUAUGUGGGACAGCAGCGGCCAGAAAUUGAUGCUGAAGAAGUAACGGAAAGAAUAGAAGAAGAAUUCAAAGAGCCGGUCACCAAAAGAAUAAUAAGGAUGAGGAGACCAACUGUAGAAAGAGUCAGCUUUGAACGCCCCCGCGACUCUCCUUGA